AAAACGGCUUUGGUUUUUCUAUUUUAUAAUCCAAAGCCGAAGUUUGUAUGUCUCUCUCUUCCUCUCUCACACACCAUCUAUUUGUUUCUCUCUUUUUCUCUUCUCGUGUUCUUCGCCGGUAAAUUACGUCAGCGAUCACCGGUGAAUUGCCACUAAUAACGAUUCGCGUUUUCUCUACGGCAAGAUCUGGUGGAUGAGAGAGAUUUAGGGUUUCUUAUGUUGUUUUUAAUGGGUUUUGUUUUGAAUUUGUGAUGAAAUUGAGGAAAAGAAUAGGAAUUUAGGGUUUUUGGUUUGGUUUUGAUGGAAGAGCGAAUGAGAUCUGGUGAGCAUUCGGGGAUUGUGGUGAAAAAUAGGAGCCAAUCGGGAUGUUUGAUUGUGAGAAAGAAAGGGGAUGGUUCUGGUGGGGCCGGGUCCAUAGGGACCCGAAAGAUUUACGAGUCUAAAAAAGAGAAGAAGAGGCCUAGGAUGAUUAUGAGUGAUUCGGGUUCUAGCGAUGAGCUUGUAAUGCCACCACGAAGGAGGGUUGGGCCUGAUACGAUUCAAGUUUGUAAUGGUUUAGCUGUUUAUGAAGAAAGUGAAAUUGGUAGGAAGAGGAAUAGGGAGGAGAGGAUAAGGCGGAGUGAGGAAGGUUUGAUUGGUAGGAAUGGGGAGGAUUUGAGUGACAGUAAGAGGAAUAGGUUAGAUGUGUUUGACUUUAAUGAGUAUGAUGGACUUGAUGAGGAGAUGAUUAUGAGGAGAAACCAAUUUGAUUAUGGUAGAGAAGAGGUUGGAAGUCGGAGACUGUUGGGUUCAAUGCCCGCUGCAGUUAGGAGGAGUAUUGAGAGAGAAUAUGAGAGUGGUCCAAGCAGGCAUGUUUUUCUUGAGAAGAAGAAAAAUAUGUAUUUUGAUAAGAGUGGUGGGAUGAGUAGGGGUGACCAUGAUGAUAGGAACAGGUUCAGGAAAAGUAGGGAUGGUGAUCGGCUGCAUUUCUCGUUGAGGGAGAGGUAUAUGGCUGAUUCGGAUGAACCCAUUAGGGUUCAGGGGAAAAAUGGUGUUUUGAAGGUAAUGGUGAACAAGAAAAAGAAGGUGGGUGAGCCUUUGAAAAAUUUUGAUCACUUGGAAGUUGAGGAAGCCCGGAGUGGUUCAAGGAUUGGUGAUACAGUUAGAAGGAACUUGCAUGUCCGUCCAUCCUUGUACUCAGAGACAGAAGUUCUUGAGAAGCGUGCUUCACUUAGUAGAAACGAGAAAAAGAAACCGAAUUUGCUAAAGACUCCAUCAACUAAGAAGAAUAAGGUCUCUGACUGGGAUUCAGAAGAUAGUGAUGCAUCUUUGAAGCUUCAACCAAAGAAUAUGGAAGCUUCUAACUCUACAAAGAGGGUAAGUAGUCAAGAGGAAAAAACUCAGGCUGAGCAGCUUCUGCCUAGCAGAAUCAAAGAAGGAAAAGUUAGACGUGGAUGUGGCACAGAAAAACAAAAAUUACGUGAACGAAUAAGGGGGAUGCUUCAGGAUGCAGGCUGGACAAUAGAUUAUAGACCAAGGAGGAACAGGGACUACUUGGAUGCAGUGUACAUCAAUCCUGCUGGAACUGCUUACUGGUCUAUCAUCAAGGCAUAUGAUGCACUUCUAAAGCAGCUAGAUGAGGAAGAUGAGGGCAAACCUGGUGGUGAUGGUUCUGCAUUUACCCCAUUAUCAGAUGAAGUACUCAGCCAAUUAACAAGGAAAACACGAAAGAAGAUGGAAAGGGAUAUGAAAAAGAAGCGAAGAGAUGACAGUGACAGUGAGAAUGCACAAGAAGCUGUAGCCUGGAAAUCUUCAAGUACCAGGCAUGAAGAUGAGAGUAUGGAUAGCUUGAGUCAUGAAGAGAAACUAAGUUCUUUCAUUAAGCAGGGUAAGUCAUCAAAAUGUAGGAUGAAUGAAAAUGGUGCCUUCAGUGCAAACUCAAAGGGUCAAAGCUCUCUCCAUGUGCAUGAUAGCUAUGAAAAACCAUCCUCUAUAUCCAAUUCCCAUCUUGUUCAUGGAAGAAAAAGUAGAAAACAUGGCAGAUGUACUUUGUUGGUUCGUGGUUCUAAUGCGGGUCUGAGUUCAGAGAGUGAUGGCUUUGUUCCGUAUUCUGGGAAAAGAACACUGCUUUCCUGGCUGAUUGAUUCCGGAGCAGUGCAGUUGAGCCAAAAAGUGCAAUAUAUGAACCGUAGGCGAACAAAAGUGAUGCUAGAGGGCUGGAUCACAAGGGAUGGUAUCCAUUGUGGUUGUUGCAGUAAAAUCCUCACAGUUUCAAAAUUUGAGAUUCAUGCUGGAAGCAAAUUGCGCCAACCAUUUCAGAAUAUAUAUUUGGACUCUGGUGUUUCUCUCCUUCAGUGCCAAAUAGAUGCAUGGAACAGACAAGAGGAGUCUGAGCAGAUUGGUUUCCAUUCUGUGGACAUUGAUGGUGAUGACCCCAAUGAUGAUACUUGUGGCAUUUGCGGAGAUGGUGGAGAUCUGAUAUGUUGUGACAGUUGUCCUUCAACAUUUCAUCAGAGUUGCCUAAAUAUAGAGUUUCUACCACCGGGCGAUUGGUACUGUCCAAAUUGCAUAUGCAAAUUUUGUGGUGAUGGAAGUGACGUUGCUCAAGAUGAUGAUGUAACUGAUUGUGUGCUUCUCGCAUGCAGCCUGUGUGAGAAAAAAUACCACAAAUCAUGCAUCAAAGUGACAGAUGAGGUUCAUAAUGAUUCCAAUAGUUUAGUUCUUCCUUUUUGUGGGCAGGGAUGCGGAGAGAUCUUUGAGCAUCUACAGAAGUAUCUUGGGGUCAAACAUGAACUAGAAGCAGGAUUUUCAUGGUCUCUUGUUCGAAGAACAGGUGCAGAUUCAGACACAACUGCCAGAGGGCUUCCACAAAGGGUGGAAUGCAAUUCUAAACUAGCUGUUGCGCUGACUGUUAUGGAUGAAUGCUUUUUACCCAUUGUUGACAGGAGGAGUGGGAUCAACUUAAUAAAUAAUGUCCUUUAUAAUUGUGGGUCCAACUUCAAUCGACUGAACUAUAGCGGCUUCUAUACUGCUAUUCUGGAGAGAGGUGAUGAAAUAAUUUCUGCAGCAUCUAUCAGGUUCCAUGGAACUCAGCUAGCAGAGAUGCCAUUCAUUGGGACUCGCCAUAUAUACAGGCGUCAAGGGAUGUGCCGUCGGCUUUUCUGUGCUAUUGAGUCGGCUCUCUGCUCUCUCAAGGUUGAGAAACUAGUCAUCCCUGCAAUUUCAGAACUUACACAUACAUGGACUGCAGUUUUUGGUUUCACUCCUCUAGAGGAAUCACUUAAGCAGGAAAUGAGGUUCAUGAAUAUGCUAGUCUUCCCUGGUAUAGAUAUGUUGCAGAAGCUUCUAUUGGAGCAAGAAAACACAAAGGCGAACUCGACUGCUGUCACAGGUGCGAAGCAAACUGAAUCAGGAUCUAACCAGUGUAUGACACCGGAGGUGGCUAACGAAUCGAAACCCGGUUCCUCUUCUGGCGAUCAUCAAGAAUGUGAUGAUGGUGGUUUGCAUCAUACUAGUAGGAUAAAUGGUGAAAUUGUUGCUGCAGAUUCAGAUUCCCAAUGUCCAAACGUUUCUAUCAAUGAUACUUGUGGAACUAGUGGUUCCUUGGAUGCAUCCCUGGAGCCUAAUGUUUCUGUUUCAGUUGAGGAAACUACCCUUAGUAGUUAUCAAACAGGGGAGAAGAGGAAUGAAUCUGCGUCAGAUACCAAAUGUGAUGUUAACACGAGCUCAAGCCAUGAUGCACUUGAGGUGGAUAAUAAGGCAGGACAGGAUUCUCCUGCCGAAGAUAAUACUCGGUCUUGUACAGAGGGUAUGGAUGAUACCUGUGCAGUAGGUUUUGUUAUUGAAUCUAAAGUUCCAGCCUCUGAGGAUGGGACCAUAUGCACUGAUUCAAGGUCAGGGGACAAGACAGCUGAAUCUGCUUCUGACAGCAAAAAUCCUGAUACCUCCUCUAUGGACUAUAGUGCAAUAGACAUGGGAAAUAAAGCAGUAUCAGACUCCCCUAUCGAUAAAAAUACUCAGUCCUGUGAAGACGGUGAUUUGGAUGCUGCCCAUGCAGGUUACAAUGUUGCUGCUGCUUCUGAUGUGAAAACUAAGCUCACAGCUGAAGAGACUAUUUGUACCAAUUCUCGAUCAGGGGACAAACUAGGUGAAUCUCCUGUUGGAAAAUCUCUUGUUGUUUCUGAUGGAAGUCAGGGCACUCUAGCGAUGGAAAAGAAAAUAGCAUCAGAUUCGCCGGAUGAAGAUAACAUCGCGUCUUCUAAAGGAAGCCAUACGAGACUUGUUGAAGCAGUUGAUAAUGUAGCUGUUUCUGAUGAAGUUGAAGUUGGAGUCUCAGUUGAGGAAACAACACAUGCAGAGUCGGAGUGUGGGGACAAGUCAGCGGACUCUGCUUCCUCUGAGAAAUCAUUAAUCUCUGGUAAAAGCACAAAUCCUGGUGCACUAAACAUGGAAAAUAAAUCAUCAGCAUUGGAUGUGCCCGGUGAAGAUAUUUCUCGCACUUGUAAGGAGCAUAAUGUGUGUGAUCAGAGUCGGAUUUGCAAUGGGGACAGCUGCCCCUAAUGAAAUCCUUAACUUUUUGGUUGUAUUAUGUAAUUACCACAAGUUUAAGAAAAGAUUUAAUUUUUUUCCCUCCA